GGGCCAGGCCAUGGAUUCGAGCCCCAGCGCUGUGACAUACUGCCGAAAGGUUGUAGGGCAAGAGGGUGUCUCCCCAAAACGGGCCGACCCUCCUGCGGCCUUGACGCAUGGACUAUAAUAGGAUGAACUCCUUCUUAGAGUACCCACUCUGUAACCGGGGACCCAGCGCCUACAGCGCCCAGAGCGCCCACAGCCCCCCAACCUCCUUUCCCCCAAGCUCGGCUCAGACAAUUGACAGCUAUGCAAGUGAGGGCCGCUACGGUGGGGGGCUGUCCAGCCCUGCGUUUCAGCAGAACUCCGGCUAUCCUGCCCAGCAGCCGCCUUCGGCCCUGGGGGUGCCCUUCUCCAGCUCCGCGCCCUCGGGGUAUGCCCCAGCCGCCUGCAGCCCCAGCUAUGGGCCUUCUCAGUACUACCCUCUGGGUCAAUCAGAAGGAGACGGAGGCUAUUUUCAUCCCUCGAGCUACGGGGCCCAGCUAGGGGGCUUGUCCGAUGGCUACGGAGCAGGUGGAGCCAGUCCGGGGCCAUAUCCUCCGCAGCAUCCCUCUUAUGGGAACGAGCAGACUGCGAGCUUUGCACCGGCCUAUGCUGAUCUCCUCUCGGAGGACAAGGAAGCACCCUGCCCUUCAGAACCUAACACCCCCACGGCCCGGACCUUCGACUGGAUGAAGGUUAAGAGAAACCCACCCAAGACAGCCAAGGUGUCAGAGCCGGGCCUGGGCUCGCCCAGUGGCCUCCGCACCAACUUCACCACAAGGCAGCUGACGGAACUGGAAAAGGAGUUCCAUUUCAACAAGUACCUGAGCCGGGCCCGGAGGGUGGAGAUCGCUGCCACCCUGGAGCUCAAUGAAACGCAGGUCAAGAUUUGGUUCCAGAACCGACGAAUGAAGCAGAAGAAGCGCGAGCGAGAGGGAGGUCGGGUCCCCCCAGCCCCACCAGGCUGCCCCAAGGAGGCGGCUGGAGAUGCCUCAGACCAGUCGACAUGCACCUCCCCGGAAGCCUCACCCAGCUCUGUCACCUCCUGAACUGAACCUAGCCACCAAUGGGGCUUCCAGGCACUGGAGCACCCCAGUCCAGCCCUAUCCCAGGCUCUCCCCAACCCCAGGCCUGGGCUUCACUGGCCUGGGGAUCCUCUCUAGGGCUGAAAUGCCAGUUUAGAGCUGCCUGGGGGUGGGAGGGGGGAUGGGGAAACAUUUUUCUCAGACCUGGGUGGCUGGGGGCCCUACAGGACCAGAGGCUUGGGAGGCACAGAACCUGUCAAAUGUAGAGGGAAGGGCUUCUGCCUUUGAUUUGGGGAUCAACUCAGUGUCAACAUGUGGUGGGGGUGGGGCCCAGCCUCAUCCUCCUGGAUUCAUCCUCCUUUCCCUUCCAACUUGGGUUUAUUCAGUUCAGUGCCUUCGAGCUUUGAGGAGUCUCCUCACGCACUCUUAUCCUAACUCCCCCUUCUAGGCCUGGGACAGAACCUUAAAUUUUCUUGUGUGGGAGGUAUUUGGGUGCAGCCAUAUUAUUAUCAAUGCUUAAUCCAGUCACCACAGACCUUACAAUAGCACCAGCUGCCUUAUGACAGACCAAAAAGCCCCUCGCCCCCAUCUAACUCCAUUAGCCCUCUCCUGGCACAUUUAUAUUGCACUAAUGCAGCCUCCAGAGGUUGUUUUCUGAGACCUGCCUCCUCACACCAGCGACCCCAUCAGUAUGUCACCAAAGUGUUUUGGAACUUGGUAUUCCAGAGACUUCUGGAACACUGUGCAAGGCCUGCCCGCAGCAAGCCACAACCAGGAAGGUGCAGGCACGCCCCCAAUAGCUCCUCCCCUAUUUAUUGCCUCCUGGAAAACCCAGGACCUUCUUCCCUAUCUCCACCCCUACCCCUGGGGGCAGCCCAGGGAGAGCCAGGCACAGUGAGGGCUCCCAACAGCUGCAAGGAUUUAUCUGAACCUUUGAGAAAGAGGAGGAGCCAUCUAAGUUUCUGGAAACCUGAGCCCCAAGUGAGCCCGGGUUCUCUUUGUACCUGCAACUACCUCAUUUCAAUAAAGUCUGUGUUUUCCCUUC